AUGGACCGAGUCUCUACUCAGAAACUCCGGUCCUUUUGGACAAGUCUCGAGCGUCACUCUCAUGAAGAUCUUUCUCAAACAACACCAACAACACAUACAACAACAACAUCAUCAUCAACCCCAAUAACAAUCCCAAAUCAUCAACCUCAUCCUUAUGCAUCUUCUUCAUUUGAAAGCCUUCUAAACCCGGCUUAUUCAUCAGCUCCAUCUUCUUUACUCCAUAAUAAUACUCACCAGCUACUUAGACAACGCUCUUCUCAACUCUCGCUACGCUCAGAAACCCCAGCAGUUUCUAUCAAGGAAAACUACUUUGUUCAAUAUGACCAAAAACAUCGAUCCUCUUCAGCUUCCUCUUCUUCUACCACUCAAACUAUCCAAAAUAGACCUUCUAUGGAAUCCUUAGGUUCAAACCAUAGUACAGGCUCAGACCAUCACCAUCAUCCCCACUACUACCCACCACUCUACGGACAACCCACAGCCCCUCCUCUUCCUCCAAAAAGUACAAUCAUCCAUCGUCACCAUUACCUCCCGCCACCACCACAAAAAAAUUACCAACCACCCAUCCGUUACCACCCAAGACCCCCUCCAAAACCUGUCAAGCCCAUGUCUGCAGAGCAGCAGCAGAUUUACUUGGAACAACAAAUAGCCUACCAUCGUCAAAAACAACUCUAUGAUGAUCAACAAAAACAACAAAAACAACAACAGUACUAUCCCCAACCUAAUGGCUCAUCCUCUACCACAUCUACGGUCUCUUCUAUACCCGCAGUAGCCCCGUCAUCCCCUACUAAAAGCGCACUAAAAACUGCAUCGGCUCUAUACCAACAAAACCUCCAAGAUGAUGGUGAGAAACCCUCCUCUCUCUCUAAAAAACCUUCAAUUUUCCGCAGAGGCUCUCUAGGAAGACUCUUGGGCCCACGGGCUAUCGACUCUCCUAAAAAAUCAAAGAAAAACGUCAGCUUUGUCAAAGAAUCACCACAAAUCAUUCAAUACGAAGCACCAUCUCCUGACAUUUCUUUUGCCUCCGAUGCUUCUACGACUAGUACAAACACUUCUGCAGAGUACCAUGAAGCUCAGGAAUAUGACCUAGAAGCCCCACAAACUUCAUUUGCUUCUGCCGGCAGUGGCUAUAACGAUGAUAGUGACGAUUCAAUGUCAAAUGUCCCCGUAUUAGAACCCCCAGAAAUGGUUUCCCCCACUCUCAUGUCUAUCCAACAACAUCAACAAUCCCUCGAAGAAGUUCUUGCUUUUUCACCUUCUUCUUCCCCAACCCGUGCUGAUUCUCUUCGCAGACCACUCCCAGUUGUCCCACAACAAGAAGGCUCUCCAUAUACUGCCAAAUAUCCAAAUCUUUUCCCACAAGAUUCGCCAACAACACCAGUUGCUUCACCUACACGUACUCGACUAGCCCAUCAGCGUCACAUGAGGUCUCCUUCACAGGCUGAAAACCACAUUAAACUGGAAGAUAAUCAGCAAACCCCAUCUCAGCAAAUUUGGAAUACUCCUACUAAUCAUCACUCUAAAAUUAAAAGAGAAGACGAAACUGAUACAGACGAUGCUCAAAGUACACCGGCUAUUGGGUACCUCACUCCAAGUGAGUUCACAUCUCCAAAUAACGAGUACACUCCAGACACACAAUUGCAAACUGACUCAUUUACACCUGGGUCCCAUCACUUCUUCACCCCAAAACAAGAACCCAUGGAAUUCUCAUCUCACCGAAUCAAACAAGAAGAACCCAUGGAAGAACCCAUGGAAGAACCUCGUGUUUCAUCAUCGCCUACCCCUUCAACUCGUCCACGCUUUUCUUUUGAGCCCGAGGAUGCCGAAGAAUACCCCAAAAUUAAACAAGAAGAAGAAGAACAACAAAAUUUCCCCAUACUUCCCCAAGUUCCUCCAUUACCUGCGGCUACAGCUGCUGCUUUUGCAAUCUAUCCGACCGUCGCUGAAUCCCCGGCAACGACAGUGGAUUCGGACCAAUUGCUUCAUGAAAACCAUUUUGGCUUUGGAUCGCCUAUGCAAGGAGAAGAUGAUCAAGAAGAAGAAGAUGAUGAGUACGCCUUAAACCCAAUGGUUUUACCUCCCCUUCGAGACAUGUCUUUAUCCCGCCACGGAUCUCUAUUAGAGUCACAGCGCCAGAUUUCAACCCAGAUUCAUGUUGUCCGCAAUUCCGCUUCCCCUAGGUCUUCUCCCUCUGCACACUCGCUCUUAUCUACUGAUCACCACGGUUCUGCAUCUUCUUCAACAGAUGACUUUGCGCGUCGGUCAGUUUCCGAACGUCGACGCUCGCUCAUGGAUGAAUGGAAACGCAACUCUCUUCAAGGUGCACUCCCAGCCCCUGAUCUUCUCCAGGAGUCUGCCGGGUUGAAUCGCGAAAGCGAGUGGUCUGAUACCGAGGAAGAUUACAACGGAGAAGACGAGCGCUCACCAACAAUUAAAACUGAAGAUGAAGAUGAGGACCCUGAUGCAACUUUCCAAAGACCAUCUCCAUCGUCCCCAGUUUCUUCACCAGUUACAUCCCCAGCUCCCAUGGUUCUUGCCACUUCUACCCCUACAACUGCCCGUGUUUCUUCUACUUCUUCGCCAUUGAUAAACACUGGUGUCCACAAGAAAAUUCCCAAAUCUCUUUCAGCAAUGUUUGCAACAGCUGUUGCUUACGCUGCUGCAAUCAAAUCUACAAAGUCCCCCAAAUCUGCUGUCAAAACACCUGUCGUUGUGUCGCCAGGAUCCAUGUCACCUCCAGUCAAUCCAGAACGUGCGUCUACUGUAUUUGCUUCGUCUAAUGACAAUUCGCAAACUUCAUUGCCUCAGGAACCUAAACAAACACGGUUAACAUCACCAUUACCAGCUCCAUCACCAUAUGUACAUAAACAUGUCGACUCUAUGGCUACCGACUUUGUUUUUGAGCCCACAGACGAGGGGUCUAUGGCUUCGCAAACUCCAAGACUGGACAAUUAUCAAGAUCAAGAUCAAGAUGACGGACACCAUCAUCACCACAGUUCACACAACAUUGCUACAGCUAUUACAACCCCUAGCAUCACGGAUAUCCCAGGAAUUAUGGGCACUCCUCAAAUACCUGCUAAUGUCAAACAAGAGCCUGUGGAUGAAAACAACCAUAUUUACAAUCAAGUAAACUCACCACCUUUGGGUCAUUCAUCGCCCCUUGAACCGCGCAUCAAAACUGAGCCUGUGGAUGAGGACAACCAUAUUUACAAUAAAGUGAACUCACCGCAACCUUUAGGUCUUUCUUCACCCCUUGAACCUCGCAUUAAAACUGAACCUGUUGAUUCGUCUUCGCCUGUUGUUCAUGGGGUUGUUUCCGAACCUGCUGUUGUCACGUCAACACCAUCGCCUCCACCACAACCCAUCAAGCGCGAGCGUGUGUCAAUGCUUCUCUCGCCAGACGUAUUUUUCUCAGAACCUUUAACUAGCCCGUCCGUGACGUCGCCAAGUUCUUUCACAUCACCUAAUUCCCCUCAUAAUAAUCACUACACAAGCGAAGAAGAAGAUUCUGGCGAAUAUCAAGAUGACAACUACGACAACGGCAUCAAUGGCACCCCCACAUACAAACGAACCCUUGUGUCAUCUGAGUCUCAGCACAGACUAUGGUCGCCGGCAACACCACACUCGCCAGCUCUUGACUCUGAAAUCAGUGGCGAUAACACUACUGAAUUUUUGGGACCCAACGGACUAGAAACCACAAGUCAUAUAUUGCCCGACGUGAUGGAUUCACCGACUUCGGCGUCGCCCCACCUCCGUCAUUCGUUCCUGGGGUCGCCUGAAGUCUCCGAACGCAGACACCAUCGUCCAUGGGCUCCUGUAUAUGUUCCUGGCACUCAGAUGGCUAUUGAUGAAGAAAAAGAAAUUAAGCAAGAAGAGGAUGACGACGGCGUACCGGAGAAGCAGGUCUUUGUGCCUGUUGUAGAGUCUGUGCAAGAGUCUGAGAAUGAAGAGUAUAAACCUUUUGGUCUUGCGGAGCGGGACUUUGAAUCGCCUCUGCGCAAAAGACGAUACACCCCAUGGGCUCCCGAGGCCGCUUCUCCAAGCAAAUUGGCCGCAGACGAUUCGUUUGCUGCUGCUGCUCGUUUGCCUGUAGAGCUACCUGUGGAUUACCCUGAUAUACAUGCAGGUGAACGUUAUCCUGAGGGGUCUGAAGAUGAAGAAGUGGGUCUUAAUGAUCAAGCAGUGCCCGAGGUGCAAGAACCUCAAGACAGCGACAACGAAGAGUUGCCGGUAGAGCCGGUGACUGAUAUACCCGAUAUUGAUGCACAGGUACCUGAAACUCUUGCUGAACCUGUUUCUGAGAUUCAUGUUGCAGUUCCCGAACCUCCUGUUGAAGCCUCUGUACUUGCUGUUACUUCAACUUCUGUUGAAGUUCCCGCGCCUAUUGAUGUUUCAGUUCCCGUUGAAGUUUCUGUGCCUUCUGGUGUUUCAACUCCUGUUGAAGCCUCUACGCCUGUCAAUAUCUCAACUCCUGUUAAGGUGACCACCUCUAUCAGUUCUUCAACUCCUGUUAAAGUGUCCUCAUCGGUUGCUUCUCCACGUCCAGCUUCUCCUUUGUCACCUGUCCAAUCUUCCACCAAUCACACGCCUAUUCGUUCGCCUCUAAUUCAGUCGCCUGCAAAGACUCCAGAAACAUGCACGCCAGAGCAGUCCAUUAUGGAAUCUCCCGAGCAUCUUUCUGUUUGCCCCCAAGGCACUCAAUUUCCUGCCCAAGAACCUGCUGUCCACUCUCCCUCUGAUGCUAUUGCUCUUACACCUAUAAAACAAGAACAACUACCUUUCCUUGAAAAGUCCCAUAUUGCUUCUCCAUCCUUACCUUCUACUCCCAGAACGCCAAUACAAACACAGUUGGCUUCGCCCUUUGAUCAGUCGCCAUCACAAUUCACGAAUGAGAAAGUCCUAGCAAGCCCCACUGUGGAGAUUAAACGGGAAUUGCGUGACAAUUCCACACCAACAGUGACAGAACAAACUCCUUCUCUUCUUUCUAAAGAGCCUUCUCCUAUCGACGACACUAUCCCUGCUGAAGCCCCUGCAAACAACUCCUGGGAUGAUAUCGCGCCGGCGCUGGCCGCUUCACUUACUUUCACUCUUGCCGAUGAGGAAGAGCAGGCUCGUGCGGCGACCCCCACCGAAACUAAGUACGAAUACAAGAGUUUGGACCCUGGAUCGCCUGCCAAAAACUCAAAGUUUGGUAUCCCUGACGAGCCCGCUGCUAAUUCAUCUGCCCUGCUUUCAAAACCCCUUGUUCAUCGCCGCAGCCGCAGCGCCGGUGACGUUGAUCGUGUUUUGUUUGAAAACCAGGUUGCUGCGUCGCUCGGAUCUGUGCUGGAUUUCAAUUUCGAUGGCUCGUCAGAGAACUUGCCGCUACCCCCAGCCGCACCGUUUGCCAUGGACUCUCGUCCCGUGUCAUUCCCUGCUUCUGCUUCUGUUGCGGGUAGUUCUGAGAGUAUAGUCUCUUUCACCACAGACGAAAACGGAUCGGUGUACCGAACCCCUGACGAGCAAUCUGAGGUCUCGGACCAGUCUGAGGCCGCGUUGUCAGUGUCUCAUCAAGACGAUUACGAUUAUGAAAACGAAGCUACUGUGGAGGAGCCUCCUGAGGCAAGCGUUCCUGAGACAUUGCAAACCUUGUUGCCUAAGCACGUUGAUACUCCCUCUACAACCAUUUUCUCUUCGCCGCCAACAUCGUCUUUAAGCUCCCCAGGCAAUGAAGACGAAUCUACAACCUCGCCUGUUUCUCCAGAUCGCCCUGCAACUAUCAUUGACGAUUCGUCAUCUGCUGCAGCCGUUGCCUCUGCUGCCACAACUACUUCUGCAGCCACCACGGCUUCUUUGGAACCCCGUUCGCCUGUUCCGUUAUCACAGCUCCCCGACUUGGCUGAGUACUCUUUAUCGCUGGGCAGCAGUAUGAGUGAGUUUCCCAUUUUUGAUGCCACUAACUCAGCGGCUGCCACAGAAGCCCUGCUCAGUGCGCAGCCGUCGGCCUCAGGUAAAGCCAUAUUUUUCCCCCACCAUGGCCGCGGGUUUUCUGCAGACUUGCCUGUCAUUGAACCGCUUAAAAUUGAAACAACAACAGCAACAAGUCAUAAAUCACCGCUGGCCACUUCAUCAAUAACUCAACAAACAGUCUCUGAAGAAGAAGAAGAAGAAGUCGACAAUGAUGGCGACGAUGAUGACAACGGCGACGAUAAAUAUCAGGUGCCUAUUCCUGUGAUAUUUCAUGAAAAGCCUGAUGAACAACUGCCUGAACUACACUUGCCUGUUCCUGAGAUUGUGUUUACGCCGGCCCCAGAGUCGGAUACUCAGAGUAUUAGUGAUACUGUGUCCUCAUUUCCUGUCAUCAAGCAAGAUGAGGAACACUAUGUUGAGCCUUAUGUUGAACCCAAGGUUGAAACUAGUUUUGAACCUCAAGUUAAGCAAGAGGAAGAGUUUGUUUACGAGACUACCCCUGAGCAUGUGAUCAAACAAGAAGAGCAUGAGCCGGUCAUCAAGCAGGAAGAUGAGCUGCCUGUUGUAGACCUUGUGCCUGUGGAUGAGGUUGUACAAACCGAGCAGAACCCCGUGGAUGAGGUUGUGCAGACUGAACAACAACAAGAGAAUGCAGGCAACGAGUUGCCGCCAAAUCUUUCUGUAAUCAAGGAAGAAUCGCACGAGUUUAGUCCUUCUGAAACAAACCUUGCUGCUCCUGCUUCUCCUUCUGCACUAAUGCAUGAAGCUAGUGUGCCUGCCCCUGAAAAUGGGCUAAUCACUCAGCCCAAGAAUGGAGUUUUCCCCCCUACUCCGCUUGAUGCUUUGCCAACAAGCAAGUCUGGUUCUGUAACCACCAGUGUUUCUCAAGAACUUUCUGCUGUGAUGGACCAAGUGUCUAUCAAGCAGGAAGCCAUGACUUACGAUCGAAAAUACUCCGUGGCCGAGUCUGCACACUCGGAUAACUCUUACGAUACGCAACCUCUCAAUAUUUACAAGCGCUCGUCUCAGCAAUCGUCAGUCGGCGAGCUGGGUUACAAGGAUGCAGACGCAUACGAUGCUAUGCUACCCGAUGCACAUGCCAGCAAUGAGGACGAUGGGUUUUCUGAGGAUGAGGAUGAAGAAGAGGAAGAGGAAGAGAUUCAAGGUGAGCCUUCGAUUGUUGCCGCUGAUACCAGUCUCAAGGUACGUCGCAGUUUGGCACCCGAUGACGUUGCUCGAUUUUCAUUUUCUAGCAAGAUGCUGCGCGAGUCGUCCAAAGCUUCAGUGCUUUCUCAUGGCCGAAAAGCAUCAAUGCCAUUUGCAAACGAAGAGCCUUUCCCUUCUUAUUUCCAAGAAUCUUCGCUUACUGAUCCAAGCAACUACCCACUGGCUGCUGCUGCUGCCACCGCGGCAGCUAUUUCUUCGCCAUAUACCCCGCGUGCACGUGCAUUCUCCGGGCAGUCAGCGCACUCUGCAAUAUCUUUCUCUGGCAACAGAUACCCACCUAUACUUGGCACGUCGGUAACCUUACAUCCAUCGAGUGCAGCCGGUGCCACGGCCGGAACGUCUACAGGCGUGUCAACAGCUGGUGGAAGAUCGUUUUCAAGUGCGAGCCACAAUGAAUCUUUGGGGCUUGCACCACCAGUUGUUUCCAAGAAACAAGAUGAGCUUGCGCCGCCGUUGUUGUUGUUUGACAUUGAUGAUGUUGCUUUCGAUUCAGAGUCUAUUUUCAAUGACCUUAACAAAGAGUUUGACAAGAUGCUUCAAAGUGAAGAUGAUUCACCAAAGCCAGAAAUGCAAAAGGAUAAACGUCACGGGUACCACGUCCGUGAAAAUAAUAAUUUGGUGGUGGCUUCUGCUCAGCCAAAGUCUCAUUCUGUUGCUGUUACUCCUGUCGGUGCUUCCGCAUCGCCCUCUUCAGGGGCAGCUCACCCUGAUUCAAGGCGCAAGGUCAGCGGCCAAGUUCUAAACUAUGUCUCAUCUCGUCUAACUGUUAGCUCACCUCCUUCUGUCACCCUUACCACACCCACUUCUAAUAUACACAACUCACAACCCCAACGGUCUAAAUAUCAGUAUGUUUCAGAUGCUUCUGCUGCUGCUGCUGUUGCGACAGCUAAAACUCACACUCCCAAUGGCCGUCCGCUACCGACUCCCGAAACUUCUGGGCAGUAUCGCAAAACAUCGCAAGCCUUUGGCGAUGACAAUGGUCGGUUGUUUAUUCGCAUCUUGGGUAUCAAGAACAUUGAGGGUCUUCCUGACAUUGAGUCGAAGAAUGCAAAAGUGGGAAUGGUUCUUGACAAUGGGUUACAUUCAGUCAUAACACCAUAUAAGCCGCUCCACCAAAAAGCAACACCAAUAAACCAGGAGUUUGAACUGGUUGUUGGCGGCAACCUCGAGUUUAUCUUGACUCUCAAGGCCAAAUGGCCCAAGGUUGAGGAACACCAUCUGCAACCGCAACAAAACCUGAAGUACACGUCGCACUUGGCUAACAAUACGGCCAUGUCUUCUGGGGGUUCUUCAGCCACUCCUGCCGCCUCUGGAAAGCGUCUUGGGCUAUCUAAGAUUUUUAGUCGUACCAAGGAAGAAAAGCAACGGAUCCCACAGUAUCCCAAAACUAUUUUGCAGAACAAAACGUCCAUGUCGACGAUUGCGUCCGGGACGUCAUCGUUGCGCUCUUACGGCUCACAGUACUCGCGUGCUGCUGGCGACUCAUGGUCUAAUUAUAUGGCCCAAGACGGGUCAUUUGGUCGCGCAUAUGUUUCUUUUGCCCAGUUUGAACCUGAUGUGUAUGGUACCCCACGCACCUACGAAAUUCCUUGUUACAAUGAGUGGACAAUUAUCCCCACUUACUCAGGAGUCGGCGGGCCUGCUCCAGAACCACUACGCUCUGUGUCUGGGUCGUCGCAGCAGACAAGCUACUCUUUGUCGCGUCGCAAGACGCCAUAUCCUAUUGCUAUGCUCGAAUGCCAAAUGCUUUUUAUUCCGCGUGGUACCAAGGGCGAGCCUUUGCCGAGCUCCAUCAAGUCGGCUGCUGCCGAACUUGACUUUGUACGAACUCAGAUCCGUCUCAAGGCCGAGUAUGAACGCGAGGAAAAGAGACUAGAGGAUGAAGCCAAGCGGGUUUCUGGAACAAUCGUCAAGAGUAACUUGUCGCAGCUUGGAGGAGACUGUAAGCACUGGCGGUGCCGGUACUUUAAGCUGAAUCCAACAACGUUAACGGCAUUCAGUGAGAGUUCGCACAAGCCUCGUGCGGCCAUCAACCUUAAGAAGGCGGUCAAGGUAAUUGAUGACCAGGAGACAUUGGUGGAGCCUAUGACAAUUGUUUCCGCUCACAGCGGGCGCACACACCACCGGCGAUCUGCAUUUGCAGACCACGACCAGGGCUCUGCACACGUUGCAGAAGGAUUCCGACUUAAGUUUAGUAACGGCGAGAUUAUUGAUUUCUAUGCCGAGUCGGUCUCUGCCAAGGCUCGCUGGGUUGCAGAGCUACGCAGAGUCAUUGCAAACUACAAGGAAAACAUUGCUGUGGAUGAGGACAAGAGACAAAAACUGAGAGAGCUGCGCAAACAACGACGCCACUUUACAGUUAAGCCGUGGAUGGAGCAAGUGUUUGCAGUUGAGCAGGAGCAAGCUGCAGAGCACAAUGGUUCGUACGGUAAUUACGAAAGAUGA